AUGUCAGCCCAGGACUACAUUGUCAUUGUGAAAGAUAUCGAGAAAGGCUGCGCUACAUUCGGCCAGUGGGACCGCCUCAGCACAAACAUGGUCUUUGCGCUUCCAUGGCGACUUCUGCAGCAAUGUCCAGAUGGACUGAUACUAGAUGAGCCCGAGACGGUAGAGAAGUUGGCCGAGAAAGAAGAUGCCUUGUCGGAAUGGGACAACGGAGACCGCGGUGUCCGGUGGGACGAAAAUGUAGGCUGGACGUUCAAGUCUCUAGAGAAGCCAGACGCACCUAGUACCGAAGAAGACUUGACUCUGCAACCGAGCCUCGCAGAUUCUGUCGAAGAGGAAGUCCUGGCAUACAUAGCGACACUACACACUUGCCGGAAGCCUUACCCGCAUAAAGGUUCCAAGGCGCCCGAGUUCCGGACGGAACACUCGUGA